AUGUUGCUAGAAGACCUGCGCAACACACGAGAGGACCUUGAGCGUCUCGAGCAGGCCAUAGCCGAGCGCUCACUGGAAGAUCCCAAACAUUCACAAUCAAACCGCGCAGUCGACCUCUACAAAGACAACGAUGGCAGCCGUCUACGCGAAAUCCAGUCCAUCUCUACUGGCGACACAUUUGACGAGUUCUACAAGCAACUGAACAACAUCAAAGACUUCCACAAGCGCUACCCGAAUGAGCCUGUCGAAAACCUGGAGCGCGCAUACAAGCGUAGAGCUGUCGGCGAUGACACUCCCUUCGCUUCAGAGAUCGACACUAUGUUUACCGGAGAGGAGGCUUUUGGCCGCUACUUUGACAUGAACGCCCUGCACGAAGACUACAUCAAUUUGCCUGGUUCAAAAAGACGCAUUACAUAUCUGCAAUAUCUGGACACAUUUGAUGAAUUUGAGGGCAUGCCCCGGCCGGACAAGCUGAAGGAUCAAUACUUCCAGUAUCUAGGAAACCUGGCUACCUAUCUCGAGAGCUUUAUGCGCCGAAUCAAGCCUUUAGAAGAUCUGGAUAGGCUAUUUAUCAGCUUCGACGAGGACUUNUUAAAAGCAUGGGAGAAGGACGAGAUUGCAGGCUGGCAGCUCAACACAAAAUCAACAACAGAUGGACCCGCGACAGAAGGAACAGGCGAAGGCAUAUGGUGCCCGGACUGCGAAAAGGAAUUCAAAAACGACAACGUCUACAAGGCCCACUUGACAGGAAAGAAACACAUCAAAAACGCAGAAGCAAGAAAACAACGCACCGCAGACGGCGAAACAACAUCCACAAACGGCAGCACCACCAACGCAGCAACCUCAGUGCACCGCCUCAAAGAAAAAGCCGUAGCAGAACGCGAACACCGCAUCCGCAAACUCGCCGCCGCAAUGCAGACCGAACGCUCCGACACACGCGCCAACGUCGAACGCAAGCAAGGCAUGACAGACAAAGAACGCCAACAAGAACUCGCCGCCCUCUACGCCGAAACCCUCGAUCUGCAAUCCGCCGACCCUUCCGCCACCGCAAACGGCGACACCGAAGACCAAGACGAAGAAGGCAAAGUCUACAACCCACUCAAAUUGCCCCUGGGCUGGGAUGACAAACCCAUCCCCUUCUGGCUCUACAAGUUACACGGCUUGGGCGUCGAGUUUCCCUGCGAGAUCUGUGGCAACUACGUGUACAUGGGUAGAAGAGCAUUCGACAAGCACUUUGGCGAAGCCCGCCAUUUGUACGGUUUGAAGCGCUUGGGCAUCACCAAUUCCAGCAUGUUUAGAGAUGUUACGGGUAUCCAGGAAGCGACAGAGUUGUGGGGUAAGUUGCAAGUGGACAAGAAGCAAGAAUCCACGGCGAGCGAUCAGGUCGUGCAGAUGGAGGAUGGAGAGGGUAAUGUCAUGCCCGAAAAGGUCUACUAUGAUUUACAGAAACAGGGGUUGUUGUAA